AUGCGCUUCUUCACCGCCUUCACCACCUUCGGGCUUAUCGCCUUCGUUGCCGCUCAAAACGCAACUACUACUGCUUCCGCUGAGACGACCGAAUCCAGCGUGGCCACGUCGACUGGCUCUUCCUCUGCCGCCGCCACCGCGUCCCUCAGUCCGCAAGUGAAGUGUCUGCAGUCCUGCGGCUCCGCCGACGUGUGCUGCCAGGCCAAAUGCGUCGGUGUUCCGUGCCCGUCUCAACUCCAGGCGAAUGCGACAACGGAAUGCGCGGCGCAAUGCCCGCAAGGUAAUGGCACGGCUGGCGAGACUCAACAGUACGCCUCCUGCCAGGCGGCGUGCAUCAGCUCUUACUUCUUGACUGCCUCCUCCACUGCUGUUCCUACUGCCAGCCAGACCGACGGCAGCUCUUCUGCCACAGCCACUUUUGGGCAGACCAACGCUGCCACAACAGACGGUUCGGCAUCGGCGACAGAAGGCAGCUCCGCAACUGGCGCAUCAGCUUCAGCCUCGCCCACACAAUCUGGCAAUGGCGCCGACAACCUUCACGUCGGCAGCGUAGGACUUGGAUUCCUCGCCCUCGUCAUGGUCGGACUGGCUCUGUAG